GAUGCCCACCUGCGCAUGCGUUCCAGGGAUGGGCGGAGUUAAGUCGGUCGGGAAGGAAGAGCAGAAAGGAGGACACGGGAACAUCUAGCGAUGGCUGCCAUUAGGAAAAAGUUGGUUAUUGUUGGAGAUGGUGCGUGUGGGAAGACUUGUCUCCUCAUCGUCUUCAGUAAGGACCAGUUUCCAGAGGUCUACGUCCCCACUGUGUUUGAGAACUACGUGGCGGACAUUGAAGUGGACGGCAAACAGGUGGAACUGGCACUUUGGGAUACAGCAGGCCAGGAGGACUAUGACAGACUGAGGCCUCUCUCCUACCCGGACACAGAUGUUAUUCUCAUGUGUUUCUCAGUUGACAGCCCCGACAGUUUAGAGAACAUUCCAGAAAAGUGGACGCCUGAAGUGAAACACUUUUGUCCAAAUGUUCCCAUCAUCCUGGUGGGCAAUAAAAAAGAUCUGCGUAAUGAUGAGCACACCAGACGGGAGCUUGCCAAGAUGAAACAGGAACCCGUUCGAUACGACGACGGCAAAGAGAUGUCGAGCCGCAUCAACGCCUCUGGCUACCAGGAGUGCUCCGCCAAAACCAAAGAUGGCGUGCGGGAGGUUUUUGAGAUGGCGACUCGUGCGGCGUUGCAAGCCAAAAAGCGCUGCAAGAAGUCCACAUGUGUUCUGCUAUAGAGUUGCGGCGGAAUGGGAAGCUGACCCUCCAGCGCACAUGGAGAAUAGAGCUGGGGCGGUGGGAGGGGGCGUGGGGGCCUAAACAAACAUAUGGCCGCUCAAUUUGUGAUCGAUCACCCAUUGCACAACGGCAAAAUCAAACACAUCUGCAACAAUUUCGGGGGGUUCAAACGUGCCAACAUCGUCACGGAGACAAAGGCAUAAGUCAAUGGGCACAUCUCACAGGUAAAUAAGUGAUAAAUAUAACAUUAUAAGGUUAUUGAUCGAGA